UACCCUAAAUAUAAUUCAAAAUAGGUGUGCAUUGUAGCAGUAUUUGACACAGUGCUUGUUUUUUUGUAACAUUUAAUUUGAAUGUUUCUUGUGGUGCAGUAUAGUAAACGGGUUACUCUUGUGCAGUGCAGUGAAGGCCCUUUAAAUGUGACGUGGUUUAUUGUACUGGGUCUCAAACAUGGCGGAGGAGAGGGACUGCAUACACUGUUUUAGUUGAAGAAAGUACACCGCAGUAGUUCACUGUAAACUGUGUGAAAUGUCUUAACCUUUGUUUAAGGAAAGGCGAGCACCUCUGUCCCCAGUAAAGGUAAAGCCGACGACGCUACUCAGACCACAGAGGAGAAAGGGACAAAGGAAAACACGCCCGAAAUGAACCGGGAUAUCAUUUUAAAUGGCCAUCCUUCAAUACGCAGUUUCUUGAGUCCAAGCAAGUCUGGUAAUAAACGCUGCCCACUUCAAGAUGAAAACUCUACCACUCCUAGUAAUGAAGCAAUGUGUCUAGGAAAAUGUGCUGUAAAAAAUGAAACGCAGAAGAAAGACCAAGAGAAAAAGAAAACUAUAAAUGCCGACGCUACUAAAUUUGAAGAGAAGGAAGCAAAACAGUGUAACGGAGCAGUCGCUGUCAUUGCAAGUAAAACAGAAUGUGUAGCUGCUUCCGUACAUUCCAACACAGACGUCUCUACGCAAAACGGUGCUGACCGAUCCAAUGUGAAGAGAGAGACUCCCCGCAAGGUCAAAGCAAAACAGUCGGCACGGAGAGGAGCUGAGAGCAAAGGUUCCCAAAACCGGAAAGUAACAGACUAUUACCCAAUCAGAAGAAGCUCUAGGAAAAGCAAAAAAGAGUUGCAGUUUGAGGAAAAGAAACAUAUUGAUGAAUUAAUCAUAUGUGGGAUAGAAGAUGGAAUGAAGGUUGAACACAUUGAAGGAAAAGGGAGGGGCGUGUUUGCUACUAAACCUUUCCAGAGAGGAGAGUUUGUAGUGGAGUAUCAUGGAGACCUUAUUGAGUUUACGGAUGCUAAGAAAAGAGAAGGAAUGUAUGCACAAGACCCCACUGCUGGCUGCUAUAUGUACUACUUCCAAUACCUGACUAAAACAUACUGCGUGGAUGCUACAAACGAAACCAGUCGUCUUGGACGACUAAUAAACCACAGUAAAAACGGAAACUGUCAAACCAAACUUCACGACAUUAACGGAAUACCUCACCUGAUACUUGUUGCCUCUCGUGAUAUAGAAAAAGACGAGGAGUUGCUUUAUGACUAUGGCGACAGAAGCAAAGCCUCACUUGAAGCGCACCCCUGGCUCAAACAUUGAUGUAUAUCCUCUUGCUGUAAUCCAAUAUGUUGUGAAGGGAAUGUGCUAAUGAUCUUACAUACUUUAAAGAAUUGGACCAUUUUAAAAUCUUAAAUUGCUUUUUGCAGAUUAAAUUAUUAAAAUAAAAAAGAAAACUUAAAUGAUCGCCCAUGGUCAUCAGUACUUAUAUAUAUUUCAAAGUAG